CGCAGCCGGGCCGGCACUGUGUCGGGGCGGGAGCAUGUCUGCGCGGCCGCCGCUGCCGGCGCCGCUCUGCACGUUACCGCCGGGCCCGGGGCCCCCGCGCUUCGUGUGCUACUGCGAGGAGGAGGAUGGCGGGGCCGAGGGCCCCGGCGGCUUCAGCCUCUACGUGACGGACGCCGCGCAGCUCUGGAGCACCCGCUUCCCGCCCGGCAGCCUGGCGGCCCUCAAAGCCCGUUUUGGCCUGAGUGCGGCGGAGGACAUCGCUCCCCGGUUCAGGGCAGCCUUCCAGCGGCAGGCCGCGGCUGUCAUUCUGCAGGAGGAUGGGGCGUCCCUGACCCUCUCUGGGGGGGCCCCCGGGCUGGACUUUGAGCUCUCCAAAGUGCCGGGCCCAGAGGCGGCCCCCCGGCUGCAGGCACUGACGCUGGGCCUGGCGGAGCGAGUGUGCAGCCUGGAGCGGCAGCUGGCAGCUGCAGAGGAGACAGCCGUCAGCCCCAGGAAGAGCCCUCGGCCUGGGGGCCCUCAGCAGUUCCUCCCAGACCCAGAGUCUCAGAGAGGCUGCCCGGGACCUGGGGUCAGGAGGCGGUGCCCCGGGGAGUCGCUCAUCAACCCCGGCUUCAAAAGUAAGAAACCAGCCAGUGGGGUCGAUUUUGAUGACCUCUGACCCUGCCGCAGAGAGUGGGGUCCCGCCAGGAGUUGGCCCGUGAGAAGAGGAGAGGCCCCACCACCUCCCCCGAAGAGCAAGCCCCUCCCCCACCCAAUAAACGCUGGUCACGCGA